CAAAGUUGCAACAUCGCAAAACCAAUGCUAAAGACUCUUGAGCAAGUGCCGCAAUCAUCAAUUCGAUGGCACAGAACGAGUAUUUGUCCGGACCCGAGGGCUCCUCAAGGCCCCUGCAUUACAUCACCGCAACUCUCACUGGCCCGAGGAACCGUGGCAUUGAUCCACCUGCCGUCGAGUUGAGAUGCUAUCGAAUCCGGGGGAUACCAAUCACGACACCCGAAGACGACGUACAGAGGCAUCUUGCAAAGUAUUUCCACAACCCCAAUGGCGGGCUGAAAUUUACUCUCGCGCUCUCUCAUGGCAAAUGGUUGACGGCCACCAUCAUGUCACUUCCUCCGACUGCCGAGCCUAGCCCCUACGAAGUCGAUUCCCACUUUCUUGGCAUCACUCCGCUUUCUGGGAAAGAGGACGCGGUUCUAGACAUUAUUGCCAUCCCAGAUUUGGACAGUCAUGCUAUCGGCGGCUUCAAAGCCAAAACAGGAACCAAUGUCUGGCUACGCGACUUCCUCCCGGAAGAUAUUCCCACCGCUCGUGUCUUGACCUAUGGAUACGAUACCGCAAUCGCCGAGAAGAAUGCAAAAUACUCCAUCACCGACUUGGCCAAGGCCUUUCUCGAUUCAUACAAAUCAUUCCGGGAACAGACACAGACAAGUCGAAGACCAAUCAUCUUCAUUGGCCACGGUCUUGGAGGCCUUCUUAUCAAGGAGGCCCUGUCAAUGUCUCACAAAGGCAAUAAGGAUCCUCAAAAUAACAGUUUCUUCAAGUCGUCCUACGGUUUGGUGUUCUUCGGUGUUCCUAAUUUAGGGUUACGGGAUGGGCCACUGAAAGAGGUCGUGGCUGGGCAACUCAACGAACAAAUGAUAUGGGACCUUCAGGUUGACAAAGAGUCGGAGCCGACACCAUACUUACGGGAGUUGGCAAAGAAAUUCAUUGACUGUAGCGAGGCUCAAGAGCCAUCGUUCAAUAUCACAGCAUACUACGAACAAAGGAAGACUGUGACGAUGAAGGAAAUGCCUGAUGGAACCCUCUCAAGAACGGGAGAACGUUGCUUCAUAGUAACCCAGCAGUCAGCCACUCGGAUUGGGCUUGAAGACAGGGACGAUGAAUGGUAUCCGCUGGACCUCGACCACUCUGAAUUGGUCAAGUUUCGAAGUCAAUUUGACGAUAGCUAUGCCCGGGUAUUGAAUAGAUUGAAGGCUGUGGCAGAGAGAGCACCGAAGGCUGUCGAAAGAAGAUUUAUCGACAAUAGGCUAUCUGAAGACGAGAGACGCCAUUGGCAUAACCUCAACGUGCCCGUUUACGCAUCGCUCAAGAACGAGCCUCGACUACAAAGUCAUCUACUGCUUCUGAAUCAUCAAAAACAACCAGAGUUCGAGCAAGGUCUCUAAUAUUCCUCGACCCCUUAUCGGCCAACUAGUGACGAUGCGAUUGUUUCGACGACUGCCAAAUCGAUUCUAGGAUGAGAAAGAACCACAAGCGUUUCACAACGCCGACUUUGAUACACUCUGGAGAAUACUUGAUGGUCUGGUGAAAUCAGGGAUGCACACCAGCAUUUAUUGUGUAAUCGAUGGAUUUGACGUGUAUGAAACUGAGAUGGAGGCCUUUUUUCCUUCGGCUUAAGGAUUCGACGGCUCAGGAGACAUGCCCAUGGAAGCUAUUCUGCACCAGCUCGUCGAUGUGGUUGGCAUGAGUUAAAUCUCAACCGCCAAUCACUCCAGAGCUUUCUAUUGAGUUAUGCUAGGAGAACAGUCGUAAAUUUGACAUCCCACAGCCAAAACUUGUCCUCGG